CGUCACUCGGAUUUACGCCGACUCGUCUGCACUUGACAAUUAAAGAACUCUUGCGCAUAGUCCCAAACCAUCGCGAUCCUGCUACUAUGCCGUCCUCUGCGUCCGAGCGAACACCGCUACUUCGCUCUACAUCGGCAAACCACCCCGUCACCGAAGAUGCUGUCACAUCCGCAGAAGUAGCGCAACAGGGUCAGGGCGCUGCGCCUCAGUUUCCAACAUCGUGGAAAGCCAGAAGCGGCUCACUUACCCAAUCUGUCGACCCUGGCAGUGUGCCCCCAAUCACGGACGAAACAGACAGCCUAACCAAGUUUCAAAAGAAUGGGAAAUUAGAAGGUGUUGGAGAGUGGAAGUUUAGAUUCGUGUUUGGUGGUAUUCUACUUGGUUACUUUGUUGCCAUGUUUGACUCUACUCUUAUGGCGUCAAGUCAUCCAGUCAUCACGUCGUACUUCCAUGCAUCGAAUUCAGCCUCCUGGUUAUCAACGGCUUUUCUACUCACAUCGACCUCGCUGCAGCCACUAAUGGGUCGGCUCUCAGAUACUGUUGGUCGUCGACCAUUGUAUCUGGCUGGUCUCAUUGUUCUUGCAGCGACGACCGCAUGGUGCUCUCUUGCGCAGACCAUUGGCAGCUUCAUCGCGGCCAGAGCCUUUUGCGGUAUUGGUGCAGCCGGGGUUCUAUCGAUGGGUAAUAUCAUGACCAAUGAUCUAGUCAGCAUUGAAGUACGAGGUACCUACCAGGCAUACAUCAAUCUCUUCUAUGGAGGCGGUUCGGCUUGUGGGGCAGCGUUUGGAGGCUUUCUCUGCGACAAGUUAGGAUGGCGGAUGACUUUUGCCAUACAGAUACCGAUCCUUGUCAUACUCUUGAUAAACGGCAUUUUCACCACGCCCUCUUCGCUUGGCCCAAACCUAGCCAAGCGUUAUGGACUAGGUCUGAAGGAGGGUCUGAAGGGAUUCGAUGUCGCUGGAUCCAUCUUGCUGACGGUAUCGGUCGCGUUCCUUAUACUAGGGCUCAAUCUCGGAGGCAACAUUUAUCCAUGGAAGCAUUGGAUCGUUGUCACAUCGCUCGUCAUCGCACUGGUGACAGGCGCCGUUCUUGUUAGAGUCGAGUCAAAAGCCGCGCGAGCAGUCAUGCCUCUGCCCAUGUUGUUCAGCAAACCAAGAGGCAGUCUCGUCUUCAACAAUUUCUUUGCACAGGUUGGCAUGAACACCAUCCUAUUCAAUGCGCCCUUGUACUUCCAAGCGGUUGAGCUCGAGACGGCAUCCGUCUCUGGGUUCCGCCUUGCGGGCCCGUCGGUCGCCUUGACGAUAUGCGGCGUGUCCGCAGGCUUCAUCAUGACCGCGACUGGCCGGAUGAAAUGGCUUAUUGUUGUUGGCUCACUUUCAAUGCUGUUGGGCGCUACCUGUCUGUCUCUGAUGUGGGAUGGUAUCCCCAAGUGGCUUGCCACCAUCUUCCUGGUUCCAUCUAGCAUCGGCCAAGGUCUGAGUUUCCCAGCAACGAGCCUCGCGGUACUUGCAACAAGCACACAAGAAGACCAAGCGGUCAUGACCAGCACACUCAUUCUGUGGCGCAGUUUGGGCAUUGUGAUGGGUGUUUCGUUGAGUAGUCUCAUCCUACAGAACGCCUUGACGUCGUAUCUUGAAACACUCGUCACUGGUCAUAAUAAGGCAAAGGUAUGUCCUACUUCACUCCCGGGCAGCGAUAUCACGAUGUCCUCAACGCAGGUGUGGAAAACCAGGGACAGUUCAUCACCCGUGCUACGCAACUUCAGCAUGUCUUUCACUUCUGCUCUGCUUCGAAUGUAUUCAUCUGGAGGUAGUGGAUCUAGUCAGACUGCCGUCAUGCUGUCAUUGCUUCAAUUUUCCUGUGCUGAUAGGUGCGCACAGAUCAUCCAACACGUUCGCAAAUCGGUCCGCAGCAUCAUUGAACUCGAUGCUGUGCACAAAAGUCAAGGUCAGUCUUACUUGCCGCCAGGGAGAUGCUUCCCUCCUUCAAGCCAAAUACGAUGUCGCUUCUCUACUACAACACUGAUACUGACCUCUUCCACAGUGAUUGAGGCAUACAGCCGUAGUCUGCGACUAGUCUUCAUCUCGGCAAUCGCUAUGUUCAUCAUAGUGAACAUACUAGUGUUUGCGAUCGAUCUUCCGCAGCUCAACAAAACCAAAGCGCCUGACGAAGAAGAGGAGUCAACGUAGUACAGCCUGAUUUGAUCCUGUGACAAGGCGGCCAGAGAUCGUUA